AUGUAUGGCUUGCCAAAAAUUCACAAGCAAUCUUGCCCGCUACGUCCGAUACUCUCCAUGACUGGCUCAGCGGAAUACAGAAUAUCCAAAUGGCUGUGUAUGAUGAUCCAGCCAGUGCUGGAUUUCUACUGUAAGCACAACGUCAAAGACACCUUCCAGUUUGUUGAAAUCUUACAUGAGAACCCAGUUCCAUCUUCUGCGCACAUGUGUUCCUUUGAUGUUGUCAGUCUGUUUACAAACGUACCAUUAUCCGAGACAAUCAAUAUCUGUGCUGAAACACUGUACCACAACAAGGAAAUAAAAGAUGUACCAUGGCUGUCCGAAGCGGCUUUUCGCCGCUUGAUGUUGAUGGUUACGAGUGGUGUGGAGUUUUCAUUUGACGACAUCAUGUAUAAACAGACGGAUGGCGUGGCUAUGGGUUCUCCAUUGGGUCCGGUCCUAGCCAAUGUGUUUGUUGGGUACUGUGAAUCGAAGAUAGAUAAGUGGCCGGAAUUGUACGUCAGGUUUGUGGAUGACUCCUUCACGUACUUUGAUUCGAGAGCAGACGCUGACGACUUUCUGCUGAAACUGAAUACAAUCCAUCCUGCACUGAGAUUUACGUGUGAACAUGAAGAGUCCAAUAAGCUAUUGUUUCUGGAUGUGUUAGUCGAAAAGACCCAGACUGGUGUAUUGACUACAGUAUACCGUAAACCCACUUUCACCGGGCAGUACAUGAUGUUUGACUCGUUCUGCUCUUCCCAGUACAAGUCAAACUUAGUUCGUAACCUUGUGAAUAGGGCACAACGCAUUUGUUCACCAACAAAGCUACAACAGGAACUUGAUUUUCUACGCUCCGUAUUUGUGAAGAAUGGCUACCCGCAGCAGCUCCUCGACAAACUUCUAACAACUACACCUGUUGUUAAGGAACGAGCUAUCGGACCGUUGCCGUGCCGCGUAUUUCUUUGCUUGCCCUGGAAAGGGAAAGAAUCGAGGGACACGGCCCGUGUGGUGAAAUCCCUAGUGGAGAAAACCUACUUUGCCACCAAUGUGGUUACCGUGUUCACUACGAUCCGUUCGUUCACGAUGUUGAAGGAUGUCCUACCAACCCUACAAUUGAGUCACCUCAUUUACUACUUUGAAUGCCGACAAUGUGGUAGUCGGUAUGUUGGUAGGACCCUUCAACAUCUGUCCGAACGUAUCAAACAACACGUGCCGCUCUCAAUAUUGUCACAGGCGGCUAGGUCCUCCCGACCAAAGCGUGGCCGACGACGUAAGCACCCAACUCCACUGUCCGUUCCGGCAGAGGCUUCUGCUCCACAAACGGUGUCUCGGAAAAACCAACACAGCACGCAGAAAUUGGGAACAAACAUUAAUGUAAACAAAGACGAACACUGUGUCUUAUCUUCAUUAUCAGCGAGUACCGGAACGCCGGACGCAGACAACCGCAACUCACCAAAGCUGAGAAGGAGCAAACGGCUGGCGGCAGCUCGCACUCUUUGCACACUAGGUACUUGUACAUCCCUGGUGACUAUCCGUGUACACGUCAAGGAUACUGAGGCUCUUCGUAAGUAA